AUCGAUACUAUGACCUAUGUCACUCAUUGAGCGCAGUAUAUAAAUAUUUGAUCCUUCGCGUUUAUUAAGAACAAAGAAGGCACCAGAACAUCGAUUAUCAUGUCUACAGGAACAGGAUUUAAUAUAGACCGUCUGAGAAGUCCAUACGAAAACAAGUCCGAGUGGGAAAUGCGUAAGGAGUUCCUAGAAGCCCAUCAAGGAUCUUUCCCUGUACAUCGUCUUCUUUGUUUAUCAAAUUGCUACAUCAACUCCAGACUAUAUGGUUGUCGCUACCCUUUGGCCACAAUGAAGGAACUUGAGGCCCUGUCUAUCGGUCUCAUACUAACAAACACUGACAAAAUCAUGGGGGUCCAAAAAGUUCAGUUUGUGAAAGAGAAAAAAGAGUCAAAAAUGGCGAAAAUUAAUUUUGUCAAGGCAUCAGAGGACAUAACAGUGAAACAAGAGUGUGACAGAGUUUCUAUUCAAAUAUUGGAUAAUGUGACAACAAAAAAUAGUGUUACUGACAACAAUUUUAUCAUUUCAACAAGUACCACAAAAUCCAGCACUCUAAACACUACAGAACACAACACUAUAAGUACAACAAAACCUGACAUUCCGAGUACAACGAAUCCCAUCACUCCAAGUACAACAAAGCCCCAAACGCUAAACACAACAAUACCCUGCAUUGCUAGCACAAUGAUAUCCAGCUCUCCAAGCACAACAACACUCAGCACUUCAAGUACAACAACAGCCAACACUGUAAGCUUAAAAACACUGUUAACUAGAACAUCAGUGAAAAGUAAUUUUGCCUCCCACUGUGAACCUAAGCCGGUGACACAUCCUCCUCCAAAACUCAAACGAAACACACAGGCUGAGAUUGCUUUAUCAACAAAAAAUGAUAUGGUUGAUUGUAUAUCUGUUGAUAUGACACCUGUAGAACAACAAAUAUUUGAUUUAGCCAAAGUGUUGGAAGAAUUAUUGAAAAAAGAUGUCAAUCAUUUACCGAAAGAUUUCCUUCCCAUUGCUGCAAUUAAAAAUAAAUCAGUUUUCACAUACAAGUACAAGGAGCUGCCUGCACCAAAGGGACUACAUAAAUUUGUAUGUUGUGUUACAUUUGACUCAGUAGAAUUAGCAGAAGGAGAGGGAGGCAGCAAAAAGAAAGCCAGACACAACAGUAUAGAGGUGGCUGGCAAUAAACUUUGUAAAAAAUUCCUAAAAGUUGUUAAGCUUAAUCCAGAGACACAAGUUCUAAAGACCUCAGAUGAUUACUUUCCAUCAGCCUGGAGCUUACAUGAAGAGAUUCCAUCCAACAAUUCUGCAAUGAUUCACAAGGAAUCAAAUGCAGUAAAUUUAGCAAGGUCUAAAAAACGAAAAUUCUCAGAAACAUCCAAUGACCUUUCCAGGUUUCUUCUUAUUGAACCUAAAGAAACGACUUCAACUGACAAUGCAAAAGCCAUCCUCCAGCGUAGUGCAGACUUUAACAAAGCUAUUUUGGAAUAUGAAUAUCAUGAUGAGGGAACAGGGGUGCGAUGUCGUGUGAUACUUGAAGGACACGUCUUGGUGGACUGUUUUGGCACUGGUCGCUUAACAGUAAAAAAUGCAGCAGCAGAAAAAGCAUUGGAAGGGCUCAAACAAAUGUGCUGGACAAUCAAAGUGAAACAGGCAGUUGAUUCAGACGAGGCAGGCUUGAGUCGUGAUGAAAUCUUUGGUGAAAUUCAGGCACAGGUUAAAGCAAUACCAGAAGACAACAAAGGGAGACAACUGCUAAUGAAGAUGGGCUGGACAGGUGGGGGUGUAGGAGCUGAAGGCAAUAAGGGACUUGAAGUGCCAGUAGCAGAAGAAUUAUCUAAAAAUCAGGUGAUAUGUCGUGCGGGGCUAGGAUCCAGAAACUCCUCAGAAAAAGAAUUUAGAAAUAAAGUGGUAGAGGCAUUGGAGAUUUAUACAAAAUCGGGAAAACAGGAGGAUUUGAUGUUCACAGCAGAUUUUACGAAAGAUGAAAGAGCAUACAUCCAUCAGCAAGCACAAAAGCUUGGGCUUAAAACUCAAAGUCGAGGCUCUGGUGAGGCUCGCUAUCUGACUGUUAGCCGGAGACGGUCAGCGUUCCAAUUAUUUAAUCAUUUAUUAGAAGAGGGUGGAUCCACAGCCAAGUAUGAGCUUGUAGCUCCAGGACAGAGCUCCAAAAUUGAAUCAAUCGUCAUCUCAUGAGUAGAACAACAGAAUGAUAUGUGUACAUUUUAUCAGUAGAGCACUUGUAGUGUGCUCUGUAUCUAAAUAAUUCAAGGCAACAUCUUGAUAUCACCUGAAGUUGAUAUAAUUUUCUUACUGGAAAAAGUGCUUUUUGGAAUGGACGGAGGUCUUCUUUAUUACCAUAAUUUUUAUCAUGUUUUCAUAGAAUUAUCAUGGUGAAAACACUAUAGACACAUUUAAUAGUUAUAUCUAAGUAAUGUUUCAAUGUCUCUUUAGUUUUAUGUUAGGAUGUCAGAAGGAGCAAUUACUUAUAUAUUUUCUUUUGUUUUUAUGUCUUUUGUGUUUUAUUUCCUUGCUUGUUUCGAUAGACCACAAACAACACAGAUAUUGUGAAAAGGAAGAUGACUGUGCACUUUUCUUUAAGUCCUUCAAAUUUAGUUUUUAAAUCACCUGAUGUUGAGAACACCCUCAUGAAACAUUUAAAAUCUAGAUAACUUUAUUCUGCUAAAAGAAAUACAUAAUCAUCUAAGUGUCGGGCAAGUUAAGUUACUGAAAUUUCUGCAUUGAACAGAUGUAGCUUUGAUUUCACCAUGUUUCAUUUUGAGAUUGAAAUAAACAAUUUUUUUUUUGUAACACUCUUGUAGGUAUGAACACAAAUUUGUAUCUGUACCGCAUGAAGUUUUGUUAUUGAGGACACGGAUAUUUUCACUUCCUUGUGCAAUCAUACUGGUUUUACUAGGAAUAAAAACAAUUAACAAAGGACAAGUGAAUUUGUAUUUCACUACAUUUAAGAUUUGUAGUUAUCAGUGAUCUGAAUACUUAGGCAUUUCCUUAUGGUGUGAUCAGACAUCAUUUCUGAAACAGUCCAACAACAUAUAAAUGAUGUGUUAUUCAGGUCUGGACAAUCAGGAUCAAAAAGAUUUGUACAUGUAUGGUUAACCCCAGGUAUACAAUUAUGAGUGUUCAUAUGGACAAGCAAGAUAUUUAAAUGUUAUUAUGAAUAUCCAUGUGCAUAGUUAAAAUAGCAUGAAGAAAGGUUUCAGUUUUAAUUAGCAACUUAACAUGCACAUUUCUAUAUUCAAAUCCCUACCAAAUCGAUUUUCUCUUGCCCUAAUUCAGAGUGAUCACUUUUUUUACUUUGUAACUCUGCCUGCAAUAGACUGCUGGACUAGAGAGAACUUUUCUUGCUUGAUUAGUUGAACUUAAGACUGGUAAGCCAGAUGUUCCCUGUUCAAAUCCUAGCAGAGGCAUCAAAAUAAAAAAGUGAACUCUGUAAUAACUGUAUUUUUCAACGAAUGCAUCAACAUUUUACAAAAAUGUUGAGUAGGAGUUGGUUCCAAAGUCAGGUUCAAUGACAGUGGCUCUAUAUGUACCAUAUUUUAAGGAAAUUGUCAACUGUCAUCACUUUCGCAACAAUAGAUUUUGAUGGAUUUGUAAGUAAAGGUUAAGUAAAAGUAUAUAUCAAAAGAGUUACACUUAUGAUCUUUAGAGUCAGGUUCAAAUCACUUUUUUUAAGGAAUACUUUAAAAAAUUCUGUGUCAGAACUCCAGUAACUUCCUUUUCUUAUGAAUUAAAAUGGAACAGUUUACAAAAUAACUACAUAUAGAAUAAACUUUUGAUACGUUUUGUUCAGGAAUCAAUGGUCAUUUCAAGGUUACUUAUUCUAUUUUUUUUUUAAAUAGUUCAUGAUAUGCAGAUGUUGUUAAACCAUACCACCAUACUGGGUAGGACUUCUAAUGUUAACCACAGUACAUUGCUAGGUACUUGUAUCAGUUAUAACUGACCUAUGUUCAUCAGAGUUAAUGUUUUCCUAAACAAAAGAUGUGAAGUUUUACGUUAUCCAGGUGAGCAUUACAGGUCCUGUG